AUGUCGACCCCCGAGUCGCUGUACCCAAAUUUUGUACCAGCGAACGAAGAGCAACAAACAUUCAUCAACAGACGUACCGAGAAACCACUCUUUUCAAGAAAGACAUAUCUCAUGGACUUGUACAAACACUUGAAUGACAAUAAUCAAAUUUUAUUAUUUGUCCAUCACAAUAAUCUCAGCAAAGCUGAGAAUAAACAGUUUAGACAAGAACUAGCCAAAAUAAAAGUAGCGAAAAGAACUGAGAAUGAAGCGAAAUUAGGUAGUGCUAGUGCUAGUGGCGUUAAAUUGACGAUUUUGAACAAUUCCAUAUAUCGCACAUAUCUUAGAUGCAGUCAUGAAGAAGAUCCUGCAGGCUUGGGAGUCUCAAGUAGGAACAAAGACGUGCACCACCCACUAGCACCAUUAUUUGUUGGACCCACGGGGUGUAUAAGCAUUCCAGAAUGUGACCCAAGCUUAAUUCAGCAGAUUAAUAAAGUGUUGAAAAAAUUUAGUGAGAAAUUGUUUAUAAUGGGAGCUAAGGUUGAAAAGAAUACGUUUAUGAACCCUGCCGAACUUGAUCAGUUUAAGAACUUACCCACUAAAGUAGGUUUACAAGGUCAAUUGUUGGGAUUGUUGACAAUGGUUGGUGGUUCUGGUUUAGUUCAUACUUUGGAAACUCCAGCACACUUGCUCUACUUGACUAUGGAUACUAGAGCAAAGGACUUAGAUCCUAACAGCAAGGAAGCAGAAUCAACAGAAAGCAGCUAA